AUGAUUGCUGCAGCUGGAGACUGUAUCUAUGUGCCAACUUCAUCCGGUCAAGGUGGGUUGGCAGCCCUCACUAUAUCCGAGAACACCAACCUUACCAUUGUGGACUUGAUCCGUGACCCAAUUGGCACUGGGGGUUUCGAAAGGCCCCGAGACUUUGCGAUCGCGGACGACCACGCCUAUGUCAUCGGGCCGGCUGCCGUGACAGCAAUCAGCGUCGCCAACCCAGAUGAUCCGAAAAUGGUUGGGAACAUCGCAGCCUUCGAACUGACUAACGCAAAUGUCAUUGAGGUCGCCGGCGACUACGCUUAUGUCAUCACCCCCUGGCCAAGUUUAACCGUGGUCAACAUCGCCGACCCUGCCAACCUCACCGUCGCGGGCGUCCUGCAAGAUAGUCGACUUACGGGGGCUAAAGACAUUGAGAUUGCAGGGGACUAUGUCUACGUCUCCCUGGGAACCAGCAGUGGCGGUGUCGCGGUUGUCAGCAUCGCAGACAUUGGCAAUCUCACCAUUGCCAGUGUCUUCGAAGACGCACUGCUCGGACCAGUUACGCAGAUGACGCUUCGUGGGAACUUAGCCUAUGUCACGUCACAGUACAACGAGGUCUUGGCUAUCGUGGACCUUACCGAUCCGAGAAACCUCACCCUUGCAGGCAUUCUCCAAGACUCGGUCCGCUUCAAGCUUCUUGAGGACAUCGCCAUAUCAGGGGAUUGUGUAUUCGUGAGCGACGGCUUCUCGCGGGGUGUGCUUGCUGUCAACAUCACGCAGCCCAGCAACCUUACAGUCGUUGGCACCGUCACAGAUAACGAGUUUAGCGGGGUGGGCAGCCUGGCUGUGUUCGGCGACAUCCUCAUUGCUUCCAGAGAUGAUGGGUUUACUAUGGUCAACAUCAGUGACCCUGCCGAGCUAGCCAUUGCUGGCUCCUUCUCUUCCACAACCCUUCUUGAUAGAAUCCGACGGGUGAGGGUCGCGGAGAAUUACGCCUAUGCCACGGCAGUGGACUCACAAAGUUUCAUCUCUGCGGCUUGUCGAGACUACUACGUUUACGGCUGCGUCUACGGCGACGACAACCACUUCGAGAACCUCAACGUGGUCCUCCUUCCAGCCGGCAACCUCAAGAACCUCGACAUCGUCCUCACUCAUGUCAAGCACCACGUCGUCUUGGACAGCGUCUGCUUCGACCACGUCUUCUUCGACGACAACGCUGAACUCGACACAGGCAGCUGA